AUGAACAACAUCCAUACUUCAACACAUGUCAGCACUUAUUUUAAUGAAGCACUUGUAGAUAGAAUAGACACAUAAAAAUAUUUAAAAUCAAAUGGAAAAAUCAAAAAAGUGGUUUCAGAUCCAGAUAAUCAUUAUACAGCAGCUAUUGAUGAUUCAGGAAAUAUUACAGUAAUUGUUCAUAAACUGAAUAGAUUUGUCAGUAUAAAGCCAUCUUCUCCAGCAACACACCUAGUUUUCAUCAGGAAUGGAAAUCUUUUAGUAGCAUAGUAAAAUGGUCAUAUUUCAUAGUAUCUUGCAAGCAAUGGCAAGCUAACCAGUGUUAUUAAGCACCAUAAUUCUAAACUUUUAGCAUUAGAAUAUAAUCCAGUAACGAAGUAGAUAUUGACAAUUGCAAACGAUCAAUGCACACUUUGGGAUGCACAAUCAUUUAAUAAAAUUAAAACUUUGUUUGCUAAAGCAAGUUAUUUUGCCACAGGAUCUCUGACACCAAAUGGUCAAAGCUUAAUAACCUCUUUCUAGGAUGGGAAUGUAUAUGUAUGGAACUUAAACAACUUUGAAGUAACUGCAAAGAGUGAAGUUGAAGAAAAUAUGAAAAAUCAAAAGAUAAGUGUUUCAGCUGACUCAUCAAGAUUUGUGAUUGGAGGAAGCACUGCCUAUUUAUAUUAUUGUGAUAUAUCUCACUCUCCUUUAUGUAUAAGCUCAUUUGCUCUACCCAGUGGAAGCACAUCUGUCAAAAAAAUUAAGUUUACUCAUGGAAAUUAUUUGGGCAUCAUCACUGAUAAUUAAGUAUUUUAUGCAAUUGAUUCGUCAACAAAUCAAAUAGCGUUGGAAUUUAGGUUGCCAAAAAAUAAAGGAAUAACUGACUUUGAUAUAAAUCCAAACAAUUUGGAGAUCCUAAUCGUAUCAGGCAACGGAGAAAUCUUUAAAUAUGAUUUAUAAAAGCUAUUUAUAAUGGAAAUGAACUAAUAGCAAAGACUCUUGGAGAGAGGAAUUGAGUCAUCUCUUGUUUACAAUGUUUUGAAGCCAGGCAACUAAAACCAUUCAUUAAAAUUCGAAAGCCACGUCGAUUUCGUUUCUCAUGGCAAGGAGAAUGUUAUUAUUAACGGAGAAUCUAAACUUGUCAAUGAUCCUGAUGAUUUGAUGAAGGCAAAUACUCAAAGAGAAACAAAUAUUAUAUAAUUAUGCACAUUUCCAAAACACACUUUGGAAAAAAUGUUUAAAUCUGCUUUGAUUAACGUAAACAGUCUUCCUAAUAUGUCUGUACAUAAACUGAGAUAGUUCCUUUAAAAACAUAAAGUAUAUCCUGAUAAACAUAGGGCUUUCAUUUAUAAGUAACUACUUGAAUUACCUCUCAAUGUAGAUAAUUUUGCUACUUUAGUAUAGAAAGGGUUAUAUCCUAGCUUUAAAGAUUUAUACAGAAAAUAUCCAAUAAGUGAUUCUAAGCUGUACCAAAAAAUGUAGACAAUCCUCUCUUGUUUAGCAAACUUCUGUGAUCUAUUUGGAGAGAGUGAUCAGUUUAUUCAAAUUGCUUUUCCGUUUGUCAAACUCUUUGGAUAAGAAGAAUUAUUGGCAUUUGAAAUAGUUUUGUGCUUUGCUCAUCAGAUACUCUAAAAUUAUUUUGUUGACUUCCCUCAUCCUCCUUUAGAUUUACUUUAAAAUAUUGAUGAAAUAAUUAAAUACAAUGAUCCAAUUUUACAUUAACAUCUAAAAUAACAUAAUUUCAAAUUUGUUGACUAUAUUUGGCCUUUCUUGAGUGGAUUCUUUACCUCUGCUUUAGACAAGGAAUCAUGGUUAUAGCUAAUAGAUUAUCUAAUAACUUACAAUGAUACUCCUGAGUUAUUUAUGUUUAUAACUGCAGCAUUUAUCAUAUAUUUUAAGCAUCCUUUAAUGAAGUUGAAAUCUAAGGAUGAGUUAGAAAUAUUUAUUUCAAGACAAAAUCCUGUCAGUGUAAAUCACAUCAUUGAAUCUGGAUUUAGUUUACUGAAAAGAACUCCUAUCGAUAAAAUAUUCGUCAAAUUUUCAAAGAUUCUUCCUCUUUCAAAAACAUCAUACAAUUAGUUCACUAACUACAAUGUCUUCAAUGUAGCCCACUCAAGAUUAACAAGAUAGCAGGAAACUGAGGCUGAAGCCAAAUUGGAAGAGAGCAAGCAUAAAAUAAGGCAAAUGCAAAGCUUAACAGAUUAAAUUUUGUCAGUCGAAUAAAGAUACAAAGAAAAGCAAGAAAACCUUAUUAGAAGUGAAUAAAUUAGAAGAGAAGAAGUUAUUUACAAUGCAGAAUAAAAGCUUUCAAGGUAGAUGAAGCUUGAGGAAUCAAUUAAAUAAACUAGAUUGCAAUAAUUAAAUAAAAUAUAAACUCUUACUAGAGCAAAUUUACAAGCUUAAGAAGAGCUUAGAUAAAAAGAACUUGAUUUAUUGGAGGCAGAACUGUAAUAUCAGCAAUAAGCCGAUGGUUAGCAAAUGCAGAAUCGCAAAGAAGAAAUUUAAAUUCUUGAAAUGGAAGCUCAGGCUGCAGCAAGGCUUAGACAAGUUAUGGAGCUCAGAGAAAAAGAAGAUAGAUAAAGAAUGGUGAGAAUGGAUAUGGAUAUCCACAGAUAGCAAGAAGAAGAUAGAGAUAAUGCUCUUAUAUAAUAAUGGAGAGUCGAAGAUACAGAAAUGCGUUUAAGAAGAGAAACUCUUAAACAAAAGAAAUUGCAAGAUUUGUAUAAAUAUGAAGAAGAAAAUGAAAAGAAAUUAAUUGAAGCGAAAAUGCUGGAGACAGAGAUAUUAAAAGAGCAAUAAAUGAGAGAUAUAGAAAGAGAACGUAAGCUAAGAUAGAUUGCAGAAUAAGAGCUUGACCAAAAUGAAAGAUAUGCUGAAUAUGUUAAAUAACUUGAACAAGAGCAACUGAAAACUUAGAUUCACAAACUUUAAGAAACUUUAAAUCAUCAUAGAUAAAAGGCAUUAAACUUUUCAUAGGCAAGACUUAAUUAGGCUGAAGAGGAAAAGAAUCGUCUUCUAAAUGAAAUUCAAAUCCAUAAAAAUAUGCUCAGUGCUAAACAAAAAACACUUUAAACUGGUGAGAUAGAGUCUCAAAUUGCUUAAAAGAGGAGAGAGGCCGAAUAAAGUAUAAUUGAGCAUGAGAAAAAACUUUAAUCUAUUCUGCUAGAUAUAGAAAACGAGAAGAGGCUGAUGUAUGAAUUACAAUCAUAGAUUCUUCAAAGAGAAAAAGAUAUUAAAGAAUAAGAAGGGUUUUAUGAUGUGCUAAAAGAAAACGAACAAAGAGCUAUAAAUGAAAAUCGUUAUUAAACUGCUUUGUAAUAAUAAAGAUUCGAGGAAGACUUGAAUAGAUAAACCAUGCAAAAGAGCUAUUAAUAAUAAUAAAGACUUCAAGAAUAAAUGUAAUUAAGGGAAUAAUAAUUAAUUCAGGAAACUGAUCAAAUGAGGGAAACAAUACAGUAAGAGAACAUGAAAAGGCUUGAAGAAGCUGUUAAUAAUAAUACACUAUUAAGAAAUACAAACAGUAAUAACUAAUCAUAAGAUUACAGUCCUGCAAAUAAUUUCCAAAGAAACCAUUAUAAAAUGCCUUCUGAGAUUAAUGAAGAGGAAGGAGAGCAAGAUGAAGAAUAGUGA